AUGGCAAUGGAGAUGGAGUCGAAGGAGCAGACCAUAGAGGAGUUGAGAGCCGAAUUGGAGAUGGUUCGACAGGAGCUGUCAAAAAAGGACGAUGAUAAGAAGACCAUUGAAAGAUUGAUGAUGAUCAACGAAGCCCAGCAGCGGACAAUUACCGACCUAACAGUUAAAUUAGACCUCCUACUGAAAACCCAGGUACCUUCCCAUCUAAAUAUUACACAUUCUUCUCAAACAGUUCCCAAAAAUCCCAGUAAAGACAAAGCUGUCAAUCUUAAGACCGUUAAAUAA